UGGCAUCCUGUCUGUGACGGGUCCAAACCAUUCAACCCCAGAGCGCGUGAGCGCAACUUCGCAGUACUCCACCAGUCCUCGUGCUGCUGUUAAGUCCAACGUGUUAAUUAUAUUUUCUCAGAGAGAUAAACGUUCAUUCGGUACUGAAACAAAGUGGGAUUACGACAAUCGAAAUAUAUCUAACAGGAUAUUUGCCAUACUGGAAAAAAAAACAUUUACGUUACAAUAUUUGUUUUAUAAAUAUUUGUCAUCCGACGUCAGGAUGAGAUCCCCGACAAUAUCAGAGAAGAAAGUGGAAUCUGCCAAUAGCCACAAAUCAAACUUUUCAUGUGGGCUGCUAACUAUCUUUUGUUCCAUUUUAUCGGUGUUUUCUAUUACGUUUUGUUUUGUGGUGAAUUUCAAAACAUCUCACCUCGAGUCCAGAGUGCAGACGUUGGAGAUGGAGAGAAUGUCGGUGCUCCACCCGGAUAGAUUCAUUGAGGAUGAGAAUGAAUCAGUACCUGGCCUUCGGGAAAUUAUUGAAAAACUUGUGCAAAAGAGACUGACCAUAGCACUACCCAAACUUCGCAUGGCCAGAGAGGUCGUCCAAGAGUGCUCCUGUCCACCAGGGCCUCCAGGAAAACGGGGAAGAAUAGGAAGACGAGGCGAUCCCGGAUCUCCCGGAACGCCUGGACAGAAUGGUUAUCCGGGCCCUCUGGGAAUGGAUGGGAAGCCUGGAUUGCCUGGGCUGAAAGGAGACAAGGGAGACCAGGGAGAUAUUGGACCCAGGGGACCCCCUGCGCUCGUGGGCUCCGCAGGUCUGCUCAGUAAUCAGAUUCUCACAGUCAAGGGGGACCAGGGUCAGGCUGGGCCCCCCGGCCUCCCAGGGCCUCCUGGAUCACCAGGUCCCAGGGGGCCACCUGGGAACACAGGGAAGGAUGGUCCCAGAGGUCAGCCUGGGAACACAGGGAAGGAUGGUCCCAGAGGUCAGCCUGGGAACACAGGGAAGGAUGGUCCCAGAGGUCAGCCUGGGGAGCAGGGACCAAUGGGUGCCCCCGGACGACAGGGUGAGGGUGGACAGCAUGGUGUGCCUGGACCACAGGGACCCCCGGGGAUCAAGGGGGACCAGGGGCCUGCAGGUAACCCGGGCUUGAGCGGCCUCGAUGGACUGCCGGGGGUAAAGGGGGAGAAAGGACAGACCGGAGACGCAGGGCCCAAGGGAGACAUGGGCUUACCGGGAGAGAAGGCUACUGUAAGCCCCUAUGACAUCGGUUUUGGCCAAAUUGUUCAGGGUCCACCAGGGCCACCAGGACAUCCAGGAAGCCAAGGGCCAAAGGGAGAGUCAGGCAUACCUGGAGCUGACGGAGAUAAGGGGGCCAAAGGAGAGAGUGGGAAUGACGGUGUGCCUGGAGUCGCAGGGCAGAAGGGCGAAAGAGGCCUGCCAGGCCUACCUGGGUUUGUGGGAGCUGACAUCAAAAAAGGAGAGAGAGGAGAUUCAAGAUUUGAAGGCAAUCUGGCGCAUAUGAUCUCAGUCCCCGGACCUCCUGGCCCCCCCGGACCUCCUGGUCUCCAGGGCUUAAUGGGACAUCAUGGAAUGCCAGGCCCCAAGGGUGAACCAGGUGAAAAAGUGAAAGGAGAAAAGGGGGAGACAGGUGACAGAGGCCCUCCUGGAUUAAGGGGAAUCCAGGGUCUACCAGGUUCUACAGGAUUGGUCGGUCUCCCUGGCAGCAAAGGGGGAAAGGGAGAGCAAGGGUUGUCCGGGUUAGAUGGUUUCCCCGGGCUGAUGGGAGAAAAGGGAGACAGAGGGGAUCGAGGAGAGAAGGGUGACAGGGGGAUGAUUGGGAAGAAGGGACUGAAGGGACAGAAAGGCGAGCAGGGCCCCCCUGGACUGGACCAACCCUGUCCUGUGGGUCGAGACGGAUUGCCCAUACCAGGCUGUUGGCAUAAGUGAGGACUUUCCUGGGAGAUGGGAUCUGUAAAUAUCGAUAUAUAUUUUUCAACUAAAACUCAUGUUAUUCCUAUUUAAUAUAUUGAGGUUUUUGUAUUGGAAUUUGGAUUGUGUGUCUAUCACAAUCAUUUUAUUUUGUGAUUUUGCAUAAAAGAAAACAUUUUAGUUUAGAAAUUUGAUAAAGGAAAGUUAUAAUGCAGAAGAUGGAGACUGGCUAAAACCGGAGAGGAGGAACAAAUGCACUCAACACUUCCCGGAAGGACAACUGUUGCUGCUUAUCAAUCUGGGGAGUAAUGACAGUAUCACCUAAAACACAGUGUGAUUGACUCUGAAUUAUAGACUCACUGGUGUUCCCACAUGGAGGUCCUAACAUUGGAGCCUGAACCUGAACGAAUCUACCCCAUUAGUUGUGUUAUUUUUGUUGGCUUUUAAAGGACCAGCCCUCACACCAGGGGGCAAAUGCCUGUGCCAACCGUAGCUUAAAGGUUUAGUUGGUUGCCCUCCCUGCGGAAUAGGAACCCCUCAGACUCACUGGACUAAGACGGAUAAAGCCAGGAAAUACCUCCUUCACUCUUGAGUUGUAUUUGGAACGGUUAAAGGAACAAUUUUAUUCAAUUGCCACAAUAAACUGCCCACAAAUAAUUGGUUUAAUGGACCAGUUUUAAAUAUUUCUAAAAUCCACAGUACUAUGUAAUACAUUACAUCAAGUUGGGUGUUUUUCUCUGGGUGUAAAAAAAAAGAACAAGAAAAGAGACAUCUGAAAUGAACAUUGUUUAAUACCAUGAUCUUUUUUUUGUUGAUUGUUUGAAGGUUUUUAGAAGUCAUUUUCAUGAAUUGUGUUUAAUAUUUUGAUUAAAAUGUUGGUAUUUUUUAUGGUUUCAAAGUUUUUGCUGAGUUGUGCAUCAAAUGCUUAUUUUCAUUCUGCUGAGUUCUCUAAUCAUGCUAUGUCAUGUAAGGUAUAGACUGACAUAGAACGUUGUAAAACUUUGUCCCAUUUGGAUUUAGACUAAAAUGAAUGUUAGCAAGUUUUAAAAUGUUGAAGGAUUCUUUUUACAACGGACAUCAAGGUAGACACAGACAUUUUCCAACCUACCUGGUGGGCUGAUAAGGCAAAAUGUCUGUUCUACAAGCAGUAUUUAAGUGGUGUCAUUAAAUACUGUUUAAAAUG